AAGAAGGGCGAAGUUGGCUUAAGCUAGAGUCUACAACAGAUACAAGGGAGAAUUCAAGGGUUUAACGUGAAUGGGGGACUUUUAACUUAGAAGAAGAAAAGGGAACAACAGCUCAACGGUGAUAAAUCUCAAAGCUUUUUGUGCAAUGGUUUCCUUCUUCUCCCGCUUCCGUUGCAUAACUACAAAUCGCCAGUAUUCCGUCUCCAUAGCUAAGGUUUUGGUGUCUGAUACGAGAUUAAGAUUGCCUUACCCACCUGGGUUUUCUGUUGGUCGUCAGUUUAGCGUCUUCAACGAGUUCUCAAAACAAGUUAAAGGCGAAGCUACCAGAAGCGAUGAUUUCCAAAAAACGGUGAAGGAACUAAAGGAAAAGGCAGAGGAACUGAAAGUAGUAAAAGAAGAUCUGAAAGUUAGAACAAAACAGACGACCGAGAAGCUGUACAAGCAUGUUGAUGGUGUUUGGACUGAGGCUGAAGCUACAGCUAAGAAGGUUUCAGCUACCAUGAAGGAUAAAAUAGCAGCUGCCACUGAGGAGGUGUCAGCUACCAUGAAGGAGAAAAUAGCAGCUGCCACUGAGGAGGUCAAAGGUUCGUUUGGGAUUGGGAAGCAGCAAGCUGCAGAGUCCCAAACCUCCUCUGCUCAAAAUGGCGCGAACGUGGAAGGUGAAAGCAAGAGCGCUGCUGGUGAGGAAAAACAGCAGACAAAAGGAUCGAAUAAUGCUGGCGAGGCAAAGUUUGGAAAAUUCAAGUCCUCGUUUUCUCCCAAGGUUUCUUUGGCAUUCCAAAAAUUGCAGGAAGCAAAUCCGUUUGAUUUGGCAAAGAAGGGUUAUGACAUUGUAAAGGAUGAGUUAAGUGGAAAUCCACACAAGAGAAAGCAUAUUGAGUACGAGCCGUCCACCUCACCCUCCUCUAAAAACGUCGAAAGAAGUACAAGGACGGACAUUACUAUUGUGCCAUCCAACCAGUCCAAAUGGAGUAAGAAAUGGGAUGAAUUCAAAGACAAGAUGAAUGCCCAUCCUAUUAUGAAGCGUAUCAAUGGUAUAAGCAAACCUGUGGUGGAGAAGAGUCACGAUUUAGCUGAAGAUGUGCGUGAAAUGUGGGAGACUAGUGAUAAUCCAGUUGUUCACAAAAUUCAGGAUAUCAAUGAGAGUGUCUUUGGAGAAUCGCAUACUGCUGUAUCCGUAAAGGAAAUACGACGGCGAGAUCCUUCUUUCUCUUUACCAGACUUUGUAGCUGAAGUUCAGGAUGUGAUUAGACCUGUUCUUGGUGCCUAUAUAAAGGGAGAUGUACAAGUCUUGAAGAAAUAUUGCUGCAAAGAAGUGAUUGAACGUUGUAAAGCGGAGAAGAAGGCUUAUGAAAGCCAGGGCAUAUUCUUCGAUAACAAGCUAUUGCACAUAUCUGAUGUAGAAGUAAGGGAAACCAAGAUGAUGGGAGAUACACCCAUAAUCAUUGUAGCGUUUCAAACGCAGCAAGUUUAUUGUGUUCGAGACAGGCUUGGAGCCAUAACGGAAGGUGGCAAGGAUACAAUCCAUACUGUAUACUAUGCAUGGGCCAUGCAGCAAAUUCCCGCAGAAGAAGUUGGGGAAGGCGCAAUUUAUCCCAUUUGGCGAUUAAGAGAGAUGCAACAGUUUGGUGUUCAAGCCCUCAUUUGAUUUCUUCUUUCGAUUUUUCAGAACCAAAAAAAUUGAGAUCUUUUUAUAUUUUUUUUGUCUUGUUAUGAACUGGGAGGAGAUUAAUUGUUUACUCUUUCUACCUCCUGUCCAAUUUUAUUUAACCAACAAAAUAAUUUUUUCUAGUAUGUUCUUAAGUUUGAAUUGAAACUUUUUGUCUGUAUAAUGUUGUCUUCUUCUUCAUUGAGGGAGGCAAAAUAAUAGCACACUAUACAAACUCCCUUUUAUUGAUUGGAGCUAUCAUAAAAGGAGCUA